UAUGAAUAUAUUACUAGAGAAGGCAACUUUCGAUCACGAUCUUCACCUCAGUUCAUAUUUUUCAAAGACGCAGUCGUUUGUUCGUGUUUUUCCUGGCUGGUAAGUCUUGGUUCUUGGAAUAAAUAAAAGGAAAGGCGAGCAGACCGUUCGUACACAGCAAACCGAAGUCAUCGAGUAUUACUCGGUGUCAGUUCAACAAGCAAGAGCAUCUUGAUCUUCUAGAAGAGCAAGAAGAUUUAGUUUGUGCCACCUGUAGCGGACAACUUCUAGGAGUUCUAGCUCUACCUGUCUAAGUUGUGUACAACCACUGUUAUACCGCUCUAUCUUGAUGUUUUUAUUUGUAAUAAAUCAUUAUCAACGACAAGAAGAUGAAGAACAGCAAGAUGGUGAUGAACAAGAUGAAAAAGGUGGUGCGUUCCGAUCAACGGGCUCAACGCUCACACCGAUCAUGCGCGACGCGCGGCUCCGCUUUUUUAAGACUAUUGAACAUAUUUAUACUGAUAGAAGUACAUUCAGCACAAUAACUUCUUGACCCAUCCUCGUCGAAGUGUUUGUCUCUUGUAAUUCUAUCAUCUUCCUUGCUGGACGAGUAGACGCUUCAUUGCUAGUUCGAGAAGAAGAAUGUAUUCGAACAUAAAUGAGUAGAUCAAGAAGGAUGUGUAGUUGAAUCAGAAUUCUUUCUAUAUAUAAGGUAAUAAAGAAAAACAAAAAAAUUCAAGCUAUGGAGUAAGUGGAUGUAGUUUAUUCGCUCUUCUAAUCACUACGUCGACUGCGAGCAGCACUACAACCUUGCUCCUCCUGGUAACAACUUCUCCGGAUGCCUGCUCCGCUGUCUCGUUGAAG